CUCAGUGGACUGUCGGAGCUCCGCGCGCGCGGGUUGCUGUCGGGGCUCGGGGACCUCUCGCAGGAAGGACAUGGUCGGGACCAUCGAGGAGGAGCCUGCUGCAGGACUUCCAGUACACUGGCUGGCUGGCCACCGCCUUCUUCUGUCGGCUCCCUCCUUCUUCCUCCUCUUCCUCCUCCUCAGCCUCCUCUGCAGCACCUCCAUCGCCACGAUGGAUCGCGACACCUUAACCGCCUUGUUAUGAUGCCACUGAGAUAUUUCAACGAUCAAAUAUGAAUCAUGCGUUUGAUAUUUCUGGCCACUUCGCUCGUCAGCAUCCUCUCGCCCUGGCUCCCUCCAUCGCUAGCCUCAUCCGAUUUUCAAGGAGCAGAGGACAAGGUUGAGAGGGACGCAGUGGUAGCGCUGCUGAAGCAACAGGCGACUGCAGCACCUGCCACGAGCAACGCAACCCACCAUGCAGUGGAGCACACCAUCACCUACCCCUCCAGGCUGAUCUACUACCUGAACGAGGACUCAGAGAGCACCUACCAUGACCUGAACACCCAGACGAGGAACCAAGCCACAGAGGGACAGACCGUUCACCUCGCCCAGGCAAGUUUCCAGUUAGAGGCGUUUGGCUCCAGAUUUGUUCUGGAUUUAACGCUGAACAAUGACUUGCUGUCAUCAAACUACGUGGAGAUCCACUAUGAAGGUGGAAAACCUGUUCUGUCAAAGGGGGGUGAGCACUGUUAUUACCACGGGCAGGUGAGGGGCAACGAUAACUCCCAUGUGGCCUUAUCUACCUGCAACGGGUUGCAAGGCAUGUUUGACGACGGAGUCCAUGCGUACCUGAUUGAGCCACUGCACCUAACACACUCCGUUGAUUCGGCUGCAAGGCCUCACAAGCUCAAAAGAAUUGCCUCUUUUCAGUGGAACAACGACUCGACGGAAGCGGUGGAGGAGGAGCAGCUCUUCUCUGAGUUGGAUGAAUUAUCCUGGCUGAAGCGCAGGAAAAAACGAGCAAUGCCUCGCAGUGUGUUUGAGGAGAUGAAGUAUCUGGAAGUCAUGAUUGUUUGUGACCACAACACGUAUAAACGGCACAAGCAGCAUGCCAGAAAUUUUGCCAAGGGAGUGGUGAAUCUUGUGGACGGUAUCUUCAAAGAACAGCUGCACACGCGAGUGGUGCUCGUUGCCGUGGAGAUCUGGACGGAUAAAGACCGCAUACCCAUAAGUGAGAAGCCUCUGGAGAUGCUGCGAGAUUUCUCCAAGUACCGGCAGCAGAGCAUCAAGGUCCACGCCGAUUCCGUGCAGCUUUUCUCAAAUUUGAACUUCCAAUACCGUAGAAGCAGCGCAGCGUACUUUGGAGGCCUGUGUUCAUUAAACCGAGGAGUGGGAGUCAAUGAGCACAGCGGCAUCUGGUCUAUGGUACCAUUCCUGUCCCAGAGCCUGGCACAGAACCUCGGCAUUCAGUGGGACCCAGCAUCCAAGAGAAAGGAAUGCGGUUGUGACAUCAAGAUGAUUGGCUGCAUAAUGGAGGAUAACGGAGUCCAACACCCAAAGAAAUUCUCCAAAUGCAGCAUCUCAGACUACAAGGAAUUCCUCUUGAAAGGUGGAGGCUCAUGUCUGUUCAACAGACCAACCAAGCUGUUUGAGACGGCGCAUUGUGGGAACGGGUUUGUGGAAGUUGGGGAGGAGUGUGACUGUGGACUAAGAUCAGACUGCUAUAAGGAAUGCUGCAAAAAGUGUUCCCUUGCCAAUGGAGCCCACUGUAGUGACGGGCCGUGCUGCAAUAACACAUGUCUGUUCCUUCCCCGAGGUAUAACCUGUCGGUAUGCUGUGAACGACUGUGACAUCUCAGAGACCUGCAGUGGGGAUUCUGGACAGUGUCCACCCAACCUGCAUAAGCAAGACGGUUACCUUUGCCAGGUAAACCAGGGACGCUGUUAUUCGGGUGAAUGCAAAACCAGAGAGAACCAGUGUAAAUACAUUUGGGGUACAAAGGCUGGAGGUUCUGAAAAGUUCUGCUAUGAGAAGCUGAACACGGAGGGUACGGAGAAGGGAAACUGUGGAAAAGAUGGAGAGCGAUGGAUCCAGUGUAGCAAACAUGAUGUGUUCUGUGGUUACCUUCUGUGCACCAAUGUGGGGAAGAUUCCACGGAUCGGAACGAUGAAAGAAGAUAUCACCACGACCUCUUUCAACCACCAAGGCAACGUCAUACAUUGCACCGGUGCUCAUGUCCUCUUGGAUGAUGAAACGGAUUUAGGCUACGUGGAGGAUGGGACUCCCUGUGGGCCGUCAAUGAUGUGCCUUGACCGCAAGUGUCUGCCCAUCCAGUCGCUCAACAUGAGCACGUGCCCCAGCGGACCUAAUGGACAGGUCUGCUCUGCCCAUGGGGUCUGCAACAAUGAAGCCACAUGCACCUGUGACACCACCUGGGCAGGGACAGACUGCAGCAUGCCGGACCCCCCCAAAGAACCAGAGGUCUCCGAGGAUGACGAACCCAAGGGUCCUAGUGCCACCAAUCUAAUAAUAGGCUCCAUCGCCGGAGCCAUCCUUGUGGCUGCCAUAGUGCUGGGGGGGACUGGAUGGGGCUUUAAAAAUGUGAAGAAACGGCGAUACGACCCCAACGCCCAGGCCAUUUAAGCUGAAGAGACCCAGGACUUCUCCAAAGCUUCCUUAGUUGGCUACCUGAAAGGUGGACUGCACUUAUUGCUGCUGAUUUAUUUAUUUAUUUAUUUAUUUUGCAUUAGAUUUUACUUUUCAAUAGUGGACAUUUUAACAAAUUUCAUUGUAGUGUCAUCAUAAAUACAGCCUUUUGGACUCCCACCCUGGCCAUAGAGUGACAGAGCUCCUCUCCCAUCGUUUAGUGCAUUCAGGCAGAGUCCCACAUCAUCUUCUUACCUGGCAUGAUUAACACACUAAAGUGUGCUGCUUGCUGGCCCUCUCCCUUCGGCAUGAACAGCCCUCCCCGCUGGGCUCAGCAUGGCUACCAAAGCUAUGAAUAUAAAGCAAAGAAAAAAACUAUUUGUUGCAGGAGAAAGCCUGGUUAAAAACCAACUUGAGUGGAGAAAAAAAAACUGAAUUUAGUUCAAGUUUAAGUGCUGCAUUUGGGGUCUCAUGAGGACAAUGGGGACCACAAGGUGAAAGCACAAAACUUGACGUGAAUAAGAAGUUUCGGAUUUCCACCGCUUUUCUUUUCUACCCUCACAAAAGUUUGGGCUAAAAGCGUAAGGAGUUAGAGGAGAAGCAUGGCUGACGUCCGAGACUACGAAGUAACUCCGAAGGUGACUCAAAAAGCCAAAGAAAAAAAAAAAAAAAAAUCACCUGAACACUUGGAUGUUGUUGCACGCAGAGCACUUUCUUUCUCUGUCUGCAGCCUGUGGUGCCUCUCGUACUGCUGAGGACAGGAAGUGUGUCCGUGCAGACGCUCACCUGUCCAAUCAGCCCUCCUUGAACGACCCUCAUCAAGACCCACUCUACUAGCUUAACCUUUUUAAGAACCUCUUAUAAAUCAAGUUUGGGUAACUCUGCAUGCAAUCACUAUAGUGGGCUUAGAGUUCUAUAUGGGUGCCCCCAAGAUCUGCAAGAAAAAUAUGCUACAAAAGAUAGGUGCAUGUCGACGACAAAAACAUUUAACUUUUAUUUACUAUGCAAAGAAGGAUAUUGCACACAAGAAUGGGUAACCGUGACAUCAAUGUAGACUCGGACUAACGAAAACCUUUUAAUUAUCAGCUGAUCUUUUUAUCAAUCCUACGUUUCAUUUUGCUUCAAUCUGUGGAUGGACAUUUAAAAAAAAAAAAGAAGUAAUGAAUCAAAAAUAAAUAAAUGUAUCAACGUUUGUGGAGCAUAAAAUUAUUUUUGAGUGUUUUUCAUCCAGUCUGACAUUUCUAAUCACACGUGCACACAGGGUGGUGGCUGUAACAAACCUGAGCUGGUUCCUUGUGCAGGGCUACUUACCAUGUCUGGUCCGGCUGAUCGUUGGUGUGUUUCUGGUGCUGCCACAGCACCGGCAUUGUUGCAGUCCUCUAUGAUGCUCAUCAUCUGGUGUCCCUUUCUCACUGCAUCAUGUACAGUGUACUCAUGUACCCAUAAAUAAAGUUAUUGACAAAUUUUA